AUGAUUAACGAAACCGGUAAAGCCAAGGAUAUCUCGAAAUCUCUGAAAACUACUCAAGUGGCAUCGCCGGCCGCUUCGCGGCCUGCGACACCGCCCUUUGGCGUCUUGUCGAACCGCUUGGUGCAGUCCUGCAAAGACGAAGAUACUCUUUACCGCUGCUCUUCGGUGGAAUCUCUCGAUUCACCCACCUAUACUCCGGAACUAACGGCUCUGUCAAACUCCGAUGACACCAAAAAAUACAUCACUCAGGACUAUUCGCCUUACAAUAGUCGAGCACCCUCGCCCGCGAACAGAAAAGUAUCACGACCACACACUGGCUGUACUUCGUUCUUGAAACCUCGCAUGGAAUUUAGUGGAUUUCAGAUUUCAGGCUACAAAAAAAACCAAGUAAAAGUGGUGUUGCAAACGGUAGACCUUCCUAUCCACGCAUCCGACACUUCUAUGGUACCGCACUUGACAGGUUUCUUCAGCAUUCAGGGUCUCACGACACAUCAACCUGAAAUUACAACAUUUUUCGAAGCUUAUGCGGUUACUGAGAACUUGGGGUUUUUGUCGAGUGACAUGCCUAGCCACCUCGAUGAUCUCAAAGCCAACGAUAACAUCGAUCUCGAACACUGGCUCAAUUUCCCUUGCUUCAAAGACAUGUGUACGCAUAAGAAGGUUUUACCCUCCAUGGUAUCUGGAUCUCAUGCACACACCGGUUAUUUACACAAGAGGUUCAUUUACAUGCGUUGGAAGGAAAAAUUCCUUGUUCCGGACGCAGAUUUAGACUCGGUGGAAGGGGCAUCUUACGAUGGAUACUAUUACAUCGUUCACGACCAACUCACAGGCAACAUCGUUGGCCUUUACUAUCAUAAGGACGCAGAAAAAUUUCAACAACUUGAGCUAGCUCCUGUAAGGGAUCUUUGCUCUGGGAGUUGUGAUUUUGAGUUCAACUAA